AUGUUCGAUGCAUGCUUAUCGCUUGCAUUAUCUCCAAUAACCCGAAUCCCCAAUUGUGGCACUGCCGGAUGUUUCUUGAGUAAUCAGUUUUUAUAUUAUUGGGGAAUUUCUAACAUGAUAUUCGGUUUCAUAGUCAUCAUCCUAUCAAUAACUCUUCUUGUCAAAAUACAACUGAUGGAUGACGGGAAAUCAUUGGGCUCCAUUGUUUCCACGUCUCAAGAAAAAAGGUUUCAACAGGCUAGUAAAACCACCACAUGUAUUUUACUCUCAUCUUUAUUAUUUUUGACGACUCCAAGUGUGUGCGUCGGCGUGGUCGAGUUGAUGGGAUUCUCAAUGUUUGAGUUGGUUGGACCAUUUUAUUAUUCGAGUUUACUACUCACGGGAAUAUCCAACGGAAUCAUUUUUUUGGUCUGCAACCGAGAAGCCCGGCAACUUUUAUCCAGAGAAUCAAAAAACCCAUCAAUUGCGCCGUAUUUUGUAUUGAAACGUGUUGCUGGGCUCAUGUUUCAUGCCAAUCUGCAUUCGGAAGCCGCAGAAAAUUAUGAUGGAAUAAUGGGAGCAAACGAGAACGACGGCGAUGACGCCAAAGGUGAAGUUGUUCCAUCUAAUAGAUUCGUCGGUGUUGUAAGGAGUCAUUACAAAUCUUCGAAGAUUUGCAACAUCCAAUUGAUAAUUCUCGAGUAUCACAUUUCUGACAUAAGAAUCCGAGUACUCAUCUGGCCAACACAGAAUGUAAAGUGCUCCGGUAUAUAA